CAAAAACAUAUGAUAAGCGGUAAAAUUCUUGUGUUUUGUCUUUGGUGGAAAUAAAUAAAUAAAGAAAUAAGAAAUCCAAAGAUUGUGCGGCAAAUUAAUGUCAAUAACGCUGGACGUCAAUGCAUUCCUCAACAAAGAUGUCUGUACUCAGUCUGGAUAUAAAGAUGGAACCACGACCAAUCAUGAUGGUGGCGAUGUUAUUUUGUUGGAAAAAGAAAUGGAAAUGGAGACGAAUAUAUUUGACGAAAUUGAACAUUUACUAAAGUUUAAUAAGAAUCUUGAAUUUCCAAAUGAGCCAGCCAAAGGAGAAGACAAAAAAAUCAAACCCAAAAAACCUGAAGACAAUAAGCCGAAAGCAGAAUCCUUUAAUUUGGAUUUUCUAUCCCACACCGAUGACUUUCUAUUGGCCUCGGAAACCCAAAGCCUGUUGGGUGAAGAUUCUUUGCUAUAUUCCGUAGAACAUGAUCGUCUGCAGCCAUUGACAUCCAAGUUUAUGGUACCAGGCAUUUAUAAACGAAUUGAGGGCAUUGCUACACAAGAUCACCACAAGAAGCCGCAAACAAAAUUAAAUGUUUUCACAACGGAUUUGGAGAAAAGUGGACGCAUCUUGACAGAAAAAGAAUUUGAACGGGUAUAUGACAUUGGAGAAAAUGCAGCGCAUAAUCCAGUGCGUAAAAUUGAUUUCAUGCCGCUUAUAGAUCCUACCACCAUCAACAGUGACCAUCUCCAUGACACCUUAGACAAAGUCCAGCACAAUAUACAAGAAGUUGAAAGGGAACCUUUACAAGAAUGGGAUAGUUUAAACCGGUUAGCCUGUGAUAUAUUGAAAUUGGCUAGACGUGAUCACAUUGUCAUCGAUCGCAAGAACAAUGAAAUUGUACGAACCCAUCAUAGAACCAAUCAAAAGACCAUUUACAGAUUUUGCCAGCCAGAAGGUUUUGGUUUAAAAAUGCAUGACUACAAGGACUCUGAAUCAAGUAGCGCCGAUGAUGACAAGUAUCAAGAGAAGCGUAAAAGCAAAUUGGGCCGACCAAGAAAAAGACUGAAAAAUGAUGAGGAAAUUUUAAAAAUAUCACCUAAAGUUACUAAACAAGAAAUAACUGCCAAACCAAGUGAGGACAAGCAAGAAGUGACAAUAAAACCCAUACCUCAUGCCAGAACAAGAUCCGGACGUUUGAUCAGAAAACCUAUGCUAUUGCAACCACAACUACAAGAACCCCAAGCUGAAACUGAAGAUUCUAUUAAAAAUCUACUGAACGAUCUAAAAGAUGUCUCUUAUCACAACAGCAAAGUAGAUAUGUUAGCUAAAGAUCGACCUGAACCACCAAAAACUCCUCCGCCAGUAAUUACCAGUUGUGAACUUAUGUCUGCAAACGAACAAAGUCCUACAACAAGUUCGCCUAAACGCAAAGUUCCUCCAGAAGCCAUUUGUCCAACGUGUAAUAAAAUCUUCUUGGGCAAAAGAUUGCAAAGGCAUUUUGCCCAACAUCCCGAACACAUGAAAAUUCCCCGUGUUGAAAAAACUAUGGCAAACUCAAAUCAUGAUCUUGAGCCCCAAUCUACGCUAAUAGAUUCCUCCAGCUCUUGUGGGUCGGAAGAGGUAACACUUUUUCAAUUUCUGGUCAAUAAACUGCAACGAUCUCAACAACUUAAUGAAGACCAGAAAGCAGAUCUCUUCCUCUCCGAACUCAAUGAUUUGGUGGAACAAUUGCAAUUGAGAAGCUCCCGUCUAAUACGCAACACUUCUGGUUUGCAUUUUGUCAAUCAAAGAUGUUCCAAGCUAUUGAGCAUACCCGAGGGACAGUAUGCCUUAGAUCUAACAGCCAUUGAAUCGCCCGUGGAACCUGAUAUGCAUGACAAUGCCAAUAACCAAAUUCUGAACUCUUCCUCGACCUCUUUGCCCGCCCACAUAAAUACCCGCAGCCUAGAUUAUACCAAUCUAUCUAUUACCCUCGACGAUACGCUCACCGAUGAGGCAGCCCAGAAGCUAAACCUUUCAGCUGGUGGCAAAUUGCUGCCUCCCUCCGAGGAAAGCCUACUGAGAGCCGUCGAUGAUCUGGUCCAAACGAAUAUAACUAAAAUUCAAUCCACCGCAGUGUGUGCCAGUGAUACAUCGCUGAACUCGUCCAAAACUAAUACCACUUCGGUGGUAGCCAAUAUUUUGCCACCGCACAUCGAUCAUGUCAGCGACAAUGCUGUAGAAGCUGUCAACAUGAAAGAGACCUCAUCCUCUGUGGUCAGUGCAUCGGAAAAUCCUCUGCUGGAUUUAUCAGUAGACUUUUUCCAAUUUAAUAACUAAGAUGAAAUUAAACUCAUACAAAAUACUUAAGU